AUGAACUCCGAAGUGAGUGAUCUCACAAGCAACCUCACAAGCAAUGACUCCGAGAUAGACGAUGACAUGGAGGCCGACAAUGGACCAUGUAAAGAUGUGAAAAUGCCUGGUCUCGAUGCCGGCUACACUGAGAAUGCAGGAGCGUUGACCAACACGCUAGAGAAGAGAGUUCGCUUCAUUCUUUUACCCAUCAAUACCCAUGGUCAGCAAGAUGCUGCUUUGGAAUUAAUGAAGGUGGACGGUAAGCUGAAGAACAGAAAAAAGCUGGCAGGCACCAGAAGAAACGAACAGAGCAGUGCUCCUGUGGAAGUCCCACGAGCAAUUUCGGAAGGCCGAGAUGCAGACCAUCCUAUCAAUGUGGAUAGCUGGGAUGCUUACGACAUGAUUACCUGGUCUUUGAGGGAGGUGGAGGCCUCUCCGGACCUGACAACUUCAGGCGUCGCAGUGCCCAAGAAGCUGGAAUCUGCGCAACCACGCACCUUCUAUGGCCCACAUGGGGAGGCAUAUGAUCUGCUGCUAUGCUUGCACUUUGGGAGAGAGCUGGCCCUUGUUGAGUUCUUCUUCGACAAGAUAGAAGCGAAUUAUGUAGACGGUGGUCUGAAGCACAUGAAGCAGCCUCAGGAAUCGGUGUUGGAGGUCAUGACAUUUGAAACGUACAGGGCCAAGUCCAGCUGGGACAUUCUUGAGAUACUGUGCCAUAAGGAUGCAAUCACCGUCACCGAAAUGCCAUUCGAGAAGGUCUCUUUUGACAAGAAAGGGCUGCAGACUUUGCAGCAGUCUUUCAAGAAUACGAUCUCCAUCCAAGGUGCGCCAAUUGAGUCUCUCAAGCGCCCAAUUGACCUGGUGGCAUCAGAUUAUUCUAUCGAGGUCCAGGAUGUCCCAAACAUCCAUCUUCAAAAUGGCACACUUGAACAGCUUUUGGAAGUCUCACAGGACCAGGAAGGCAAGGUUCUGAACGCACUGGAUUUUCUGUUUGCUCAGUCACUCUGGUUGCUUUGUGAGGUGUUCUCCAGUGAUAUGGCAGCUUGGUUCGCUACAGAUCGUCCGCUCGACAAGACCCCCAUACCUGUUAAAGACAUACGCUGGGGGCUGGCCGUGUUGGCAUGGGCAUUGACCUAUUGGCACAUUGACAGUGACGGUUUCAACACCUUUAUCGAUGUCCUGUGCAGUUCAAAGCUCUGGAUCUUUGGGGUUAGUUCCAGAGACAUGAGCGCCAUGAUCGAAAGGUUCUUGCAGCCAGAUUUCAAGCUAGAACAGCCGAAUGCGGGGGAUCUGGAUGGACCUCUCCCCAAGUGUCUGGCCAAUUUAGAGAUUGGGAAUAGGAUCUGGGAUCUCGAGGCCGUCCUCCUGCCACCGAACACCCGACUGAUCAUGCGUGCAAAUGUUGCCCAUGCUGUGUUCACCCCAGAACAUAGCAUAUGCCAUGGCAGGCACUUCUAUGCAACUUCGACAAUGCAAGACACUGUUGCAAGUUUGAUACACAGCUUCGUUAUAGGGACAUACAUUACCAACAUGUCGCACACACCCUCCAGGCUUCUGUUGCGCCGAAUGAUGGAAUUUUAUCAUUGGGCAAUAGUCAGAGGAGAGGUGUUCAAUGACGCCUUCUGUUUGCAAGAGCACAUACCCGAUGUUGAUACCAUUGAAGGCUUGGUUGACUUGCUCUGCGUCUGCAACCUGAACAUUCUGGGCAAUGUCCUGGACCAUCGAACAUACAGUGCACCCAAUGAAACCAAGGACCAACCGGCAUCCCUGGUGCAGAGGCUGUUGCAAGAAAUGUGGGACAUGAACAAUAUUCCUCCCAAUGAGAGGAAGCACAUGUGUUACGCUCGUGGGAGGGCAUUGGAUGUCUUUUGUUGGAUAUGUGCAUAUCUCACAGUGACCUUAAGUUCACAGGCUGUGGAUCUUCCGGCACUGUUUCUGGCCCACCAGAGCCACAGUAUUCUCAACUACAAAGCACAAGCUGUGAUGCAGGCAUACAGUGGGGCCCCAAGAUGUAACGUGGCGAAUCUCCGAGAACAGAUCAAGAACGCCCUCCAGUUGGACACGAAGGCCUUUGAGAUGUGGCAAUCGAACAUGAUUCUGAGCAAGAUCGAGACAGAUAGUCUUCUUUUGGGUGAUCUGUCUCGAUUCACUAUUUUGAGACCCAUUGGCGUCCUUGAUGGCCUUCUCGGUAUCCAUUAUCUCCUGAUUUGUAAUUGUUGA